AUGAACCUGGCAAAACUAAUCCGGCCUGCCGACUACAUAUCUCGCCAUCCUUUACAAAACCAACCGUUGCGCGAGCGUAACAUUGCAGAAGAAUAUGUAUCCUUUCUGACAACAUCCGCAGUUCCAAUUGCAAUGACACUAGCUGAAAUCCAGGAUGCCACAUUAAAGGAUCCAACACUACAAAGGCUUGCUGAAAUUAUUCGCUCCCAACAAUGGCACUCAGUCCUCGAUACAGAUCAAUCCUGUCCUAAUGACAAAGACAAGUACAAUUUAAGAGAUCUCAAAGCUUUCCACAAAAUUCGUCACGAGUUGACUGUUACUACAAACAAUGAUAUUAUCCUCAGAGCUUCUCGCAUUGUGAUGCCCACUACCCUGCGCCGCCGAGCUCUUGAACUAGCCCAUGAAGGACAUCAAGGGCUUACAAGACAAAACGAUUACUUCGCGAAAAGAUAUGGUUCCCUCGCAUUGAUCAACAAGCAGAAGAAAUGA